AUGAAUUUUGAAUAUAGCCUCGGAAAAAGGUCGCUGCCUGAGGGUGAUCGUCAGGGCAUAUCUGGAGCCGGCGCUGGAUAUGACAGCAUGCGGGACGUCGGUGGCAGGGUGCUGAGGAGGCGGGCCCCUGUCGUCCAAGAAGCAACAGCCCCCCAACAAAGUGGUAGCCAAACAACAACUAGUGCCACCGCUGCCGAAAGUGCUGCACAGGAAUCUCAGCCAGUGCUCACUCAAGCAGGUCUCCCUAGAAGACGUAUAAAGUGGACGGUGUCCAUGAAUGAGUCAAUCAUGCGAAUCUUCUACAAAGUUACCAACCUAGGUAGAGAAACAAUCGGCUACAGACCACGACUUCAUACCGCUUUCUGUAGUGAAUAUCCGGAGAUCAAAGUAUCUCAGCAGAGAGUGGCAGACCAAUAUCGAGUGAUAAUCAAAAAUAAUCUUAUCCCACAACCACGGCUGAAUGCCAUCAAACAGGAAGUGCAGCUUGAUCUUAUGCAACAAGAAGGGAGUAAUAACGAAAUACGCGAUAAUGGUCAAUCUGAGCAAGAACAGAUAGAAAGUGAACAGCCUGGAGUUGACGACAGUAAUGAUCAAGACACAGAAAUAUUUGGUAUAUUAAUAACUGAAAUGGGUAGAGCAUAUGCCGAAUUUGAUGGAACGAACCCGCUAGAAAGACCACCAUUACCAAAGUUGAAGUCAUCUAGAAAGCUUGCUGUGGUAUUGUGUCAGUUAAAUAAACAGAUCCUGCCAGAGUAUCUAGCACACUCCAACUGUAUAGAACAACUUCACACACUGAUGUACUGUGCAGCUGUUGCAACAGUAAGAACACUUGGUGUCAAAAUGCCAACUCAAAAGAUUACUGAAAAUUCAGUAAAACCAAUAACACCAAAAUGGGAAAAACGUCUGGAAAGAAGAACGGCAGAAAUUCGCAGAGAUAUCGGACGUCUUACCCAAUUCACACGAGGAAUAACAACUCGAAAAGUCCGAAAGCAAGCUAUGGAAAUAAUGCAACGACUCCACCAUCAUUCUCACCAAGACGCAACUAACAUCAACGAGUGGCAAUGCCUUGAUACCUUGAAGCAAAAACUGUCCGUAUAUACUCAGCGAUUGAAAAGGUAUAAAGCGUCCAGUCACAGAAAGCACGACAAUGCGCUCUUUCAACGAUCCGAAAAGGCAUUCUACAGGAAACUGUCAUCCGAACCCCAGGAAAAGAGCAAAACGGUGCCCACAAAGGACCAAGUAGAGGAAUUUUGGGGCAAGCAGUUUGGCUCGACAGCUUAUUACAACAAGUGUGCAGGAUGGAUUACAGAUGAAGAAGCGAAGAGCCAUUAUUGCAAUCCCAUGCAGUAUAGGGCAUAUACCAAACAAGAAAUCGUGGAUAUCGUUAAGCAGUUGCAUAAUUGGAAGGCCCCGGGCCCAGACCAGAUUCAUGGCUACUGGAUAAAGAAGCUUUGGUACGGCUGUCAGGACUCCGAAACAAUACAGCACGUAACUGGUGGAUGCCAAGCAUUCGCUCCAACGGACUAUAAGGAGCGCCACGACAUAGCUGCCAAAAUCAUUCACCAGGAGUUGGCAUACAAAUUCAAACUGAUCGAAUGCAAGCUACAGUACUACAAAUAUACACCGCAAUGUGUCCUCGAGAACGACAAGUAUAAACUAUACUGGGAUCGCACUGUGCUUACGGACCAAUACAUAAAACAAAACAGACCUGACAUAAUCAUUGUCGACAAGGACGCCCAGAAAGUAACACUGAUUGAUGUGGCCAUACCUAAUAGUAACAAUUUAACAUACAAACAUAAUGAGAAAGUUGCAAAAUACAGGGAGCUAGAAUUUCAAAUUAAACGCCAGUGGAAAAUGAAAGCCAUCAUAAUGAGCUAUGACGGUAUAGAUCCGACAAAAAAGCCUCGGCUACCCAAACUAUUUUGCAACCCAACGGCAGCUAAAAACCUACGUGAAAUGAACAGAAUUAUCGCUGCUGAUAUUAGCGACCAAACAGAUUUUAAGGACCUACACGCCAUGAUCUAUGCUGGGGCGUUCGCGGUUCUAAAGCUAAACGGUCAGAGACCUACAGAUGUUACAAGUCGGAACGGAACUAAAAGGCAGCCAGCUUGGGAAAGGAGGCUAAGCAAGAACAUAGAUAAUAUCAGGAGCGAUAUAGCUAUCCUAACGCAGUACCAAAAACCGACAUACAGCCAAAGAGUGAAAAAGAAAGGGGACACAAUAAUGCGACGAUAUACAUCGGAAGAAAACCCAACCAUAGUCGAAGUUUUGGACCUUCUAAAGCAGAGACUAUUAGCCUUAUCUCAAAGAGUGAAGAGAUAUAAGAAGAGCAGCCAACGUCGUAAACAAAACAUCCUAUUUCAUAGAAAUCAGAGAGCAUUUUAUAAAUCUGUGGGCAAAGAAUCAGAUCGUAUACUACAAGGAAAAACAUCAUUUCCUAACACAGAAGACAUAAGACACUUCUGGAGCGGUAUAUGGAGCAACCCCAGAGAACACAGAACAGCGCAUUGGUAUCAGCAAGAGAAGGCUAGAACUUCCAUACAAGCAAUGCUGUCUUGGACCAUAACUAAGGAUGAUGUAGUGACAGCAAUACGUAGGACUUCCAAUUGGAGAGCUCCAGGGCCAGAUGGUGUUCACAAUUACUGGAUAAAGGCAUUUACUUCCACCCACCAACAACUUGCGAAAUGCUACUCAACAUUCCUCGAGAGGCCGGAAACUAUCCCAGAAUUUCUAACAACAGGAGUUACAUACCUGAUCCCAAAAACUGAACAAUAUACUGCUGAUCCCGCAAAAUACAGGCCAAUUACUUGCCUUUCUACAGCGUAUAAACUGCUUACUGCUAUAUUGGCUGACAAAGUGCAUAAUCAUUUGGAACGUAACAACUUAUUGGAUGAGGAACAGAAGGGAUGUCGGAAGGGCUCAAGAGGAUGUAAAGAACAACUGAUAAUCGAUGAAAUAAUAACGGGUAGUGCCAGAAAAAAGAAGUCGCCCUUGUUCACUGCAUACAUCGAUUAUCAGAAAGCAUUUGAUAGUAUUCCACAUUCAUGGUUAACGGAAGUGCUACACCUGUAUGGCAUAGAAAACCAUAUCGUGAAACUAUUGACCUAUGCAAUGUCCAAAUGGAAAACGCGUCUCUGUCUUAACACCCCAGACUCGCAGAUAGAUGCUGGAGAAGUCAGUAUAAAACGAGGGAUCUUUCAGGGCGACUCUCUAAGCCCGCUAUGGUUUUGCCUAGCUUUACACCCACUAACAUCGCUGUUAAACAGUCAAGAAAAAGGCGUAAAGAUUGCCGAGGAUGGUACACAACUAUCUCAUCUUUGGUAUAUGGAUGAUCUGAAAUUAUUUGCAGAGAAGAAGGAUCACCUACAUGCGCUGUUGGAUUGUGUGAGCAGAUUUAGCAAAGAUGUGCAAAUGACGUUUGGUUUAGAUAAAUGCCGCAUAAGUUGCAUGACUAAAGGUAAGUGGACAGAGCAUGAAGGGUAUAAAGUAAGAGGGUCGCAAGGGGAGAUCAUCAAUAUGCAAAGGGAUGAACGCUACAAAUACUUAGGCUACCUCCAGGCACCAGACAUAGACCAAAAAAUGUCGAAGCAAAGAUCUACCGACGAAUACUUGAGAAGAUUAAGGAUCAUUCUUAAAUCAGAAUUGUCUGCUAUAAAUACGUCUGUUGCAGUGAACGCCUACGCAGCGUCAACGCUUACCUACACCUUCGGUAUACUCAAAUGGACUGAUACUGAGCUGAAAGCCCUAGAUAUAAGUACCAGGAAAGAAUUCCGUCGGUAUAGGGCGCAUCAUCCUAAAAGUGCAAUAGAGCGCUUCCACUUAGCACGGCGCGAAGGAGGAAGAGGAAUCCCCAGUAUGGUGUCCAGACAUUACCAGCAAAUUGAUAAUCUAAGGACAUACUUCUUGGAAAAGGCGAGUAGUAGCAGAAUGCAUCAGGCACUAGCCAACAGAGAUAAGGGCAUUACCCCACUGAACCUAGCCAACCUAGCUCUCAAUCCAUCCGCGAUGGUGUCAUCACCCCCCGAACUGAUCGAGAAGUGGAAAUCCAAGCCACUACAUGGACGCUAUAGAACGCGAAUUGAAGACCAGGCAGUAGACACCAAAGCAUCCCAAGAGUGGGUGCGUUCCAGUAAUCUGUUCGUGGAGACAGAGGGGUUUGUGAUGGCUAUUCAAGACCAAGUGCUGCCUACGAAAGUCUACAGAAAGCGAAUAAUGGGAGAAAAUAUAGACAAUAUCAAAUGUAGAAUCUGUGGAGGUAAAGACGAGAACCUAGACCACAUUAUCGCAAGCUGUUCCACACUCGCCCCAAAACAGUAUCUAGAAAGACAUAACGACGUGGCAAAAAUAAUCUACUUGGAACUGGUCAAGCGCUAUCUCAAUGAAGGACCUACUGAGCCAUACUAUCGCUACACGCCCCUCCCAGUUAAAGAGACUGGGUCACACAAAAUGUAUUGGAACAGGAAAAUAAUCACAGACCGCACAAUACCAAAUAACAUCCCUGACAUAGUGCUAACGUUAAAAGAGCAAAAGAUAACAUACAUUAUAGAUAUCGCGGUUCCGCUCCCUGUCAACCUUCAAAGUACCUACUCAGAAAAAAUCAACAAGUAUCUACCACUGUCAGAAGAAAUAAAGCGGAUGUGGGGAAUGAAUACAGUUACGAUUGUACCGAUAGUUAUUGGCGCAACAGGUGAGGUCCUUAAGAAGUUACACACAAGUCUUGAAAGUUAG